UAAAAAGGGGGCGUAUUUAAUGGCAGACCAGAAAGAAAUGAGCAGAGAAGAUGUUUCAAAAUGUCCAAUCUGUUUCGAACAGCUUAAAACACCGCGUGUCUUGCCCUGUACGCAUAUGUUUUGUCACGGUUGUGUCUCUUCCCACAUUGUAUCAACCUGUCAAACGAAGGAGUUUCCAGUGGGAUUUCACUGUCCGGUUUGUCGAGAAUUUGUGCCUGCUCCUAAUUUCUCUUUAAGUUUCAAAGACUGGAGUAAGCAUUUACCAACAAAAAGACUACUACAGGAUUCUUUCAGUAAGACAGAACGUAUAAAGGUAUGUGCUGCUUGUGAGAGAGAAAACGAGACGGAAGGGGCAGAUAAUUAUUGUUUGUCUUGUUGUGAAGCACUUUGUGAUAAUUGUACCAAGUGUCACAGAAAAAACCGUGUAUCUCGCGACCACAAGAUUUGUCUUCUUGAUGAGGUUAAAAGUGUGCCAAAGUUCGCAAACAUCCUUUGCAAGAAACACAAGGGCCGAUCGAUAGAGUUAUUUUGUAAUGAUCAUGAGGAAAUUUGUUGUACAAUGUGCUGUAGCAUCGAACACAGAAAAUGCGAAAACGUGGAAACCAUCGAACAGAAAGCAGAAAAUGUACGAAAAAGUGGAUUAGUACGACAUUUGAUAAAUGACAUCGAGAAGUUUGAAAGAAAACUUUCUGAGGCAAAAAACGAAGAGGAAAAAAAUAUCACAGAGAUGGAAGAUCAGGCAGAUGCAAUAACAGGCAGAGUCCGUAGUUUGAAAAACAAAGCUAUUCAGAAUCUUGAAACUCUGGAAAAUGAAUUUCUUGAUAAUGUUUCCACUAAAACUAAUAAGUGCAAUGAAAGACUAACAAAGAGUUUACAGACGUUUGACGAUAUCAUUCAGUUUUCGAAACGUUGUAGAAAAAAUGUAGAGUCCGCCACAAAUUUUCAAGAUGUCAAUUUUUUGACAGAAUAUUUUGAAGCCCAAAGGACAUUGCAAUAUUUUUUGAGUAAAAAUGUAGAAAAAUGUGAGUUUAAAUUGCAAUUGCAACUAGCUCCUGAUUUUAUUGCACUUGCAAAUCUCCCAGUAAUUGGUAGAAUUGAAGUUAAAGAAAAUAAGGAAAGUUUAGUACACCCGUUUGAUGUUCAAAACUUUAACCUGGAAUGGAGUCAGGAGAUACAUUUAUCGAAGAAAAGCGUUCGUAGUGCAAUGUUUCUUUCUAACACUGAUGUGAUCUUUCCUUUCCAUACAACUGACACUGCAAAGAGGUAUAAGUACUCUGCUCUCAACGACAAGUGGGUUCCGAAAAAAGAAAUAAGCUUUCCACACAAAAUAUUUGAUAUUCAGCAAAAUGGUGGUUUUAUUUAUGCAUCGUGCCCAGAGAAUGGAGCAAUUGUUGUUCUAAAAGCGGAUGAUUUUCAGUUGAUAACUACAAUCUUUGUUGGUAAAACUUGUUAUGGAAUUUCAUUUAGGGAAAAUGUUAUGUAUGUCGCAUGUUAUUCGUCCAUUUUAAAGAUGGACACAGAUGGUAAUAAGUUAGGAAGUUAUCCCUUAGGUGGUGGUGUUAAUUAUGUUGCAGUCACAAAGGACAAGCAUAUUGUUUUUAGCAAUGAGGUGCAGCAUACUGUGACAUCCCUCACAGAUAAGGGUGAUUUAGUCUGGAAAUAUAAACACCAGAGGCUAAAUCAUCCGUGCGGUCUUCACAUUGAUAGUGAUGAUUUAAUCUAUGUGGCAGGAAAAGAUAGUCACAACAUUCAUAUUCUACGCAAUGAUGGGGCUAUCCUACAUAUUAUUAAGAAUAUUCAUAGCCCCGUAUUCUUCAUGUUGAACAAUGCUAGGAAUAUCUGUUGCUGCGUAGGGAUACAUAGAAUAUGGUCUUGGGACACAAGCAUUAAGAUGUACAAAAUUAAAAAAUGAAUCUUUUAACGUACAAUUUUGCUGUAGUGUCUGAUUACAUAACCUUUAUUGUAUCAUAUUCAAUUAUUCAUUUGGACAUUGAAGGAAAUGGAAAUCGAGAGGUGGUCCUGCAAUACAUAAUAAUAUCAUUAUCAUAAUGUCAACAUUAUAUACACUGUAAAUAUACAAUGUAAAUAAAAAUGAAUUCAGUUUUCUUAAAAUAUGUACACGUCAAAUACAGCUAGUUUUUCCUUGUAAUGCAUUUUCAGGAAAAGGUUUUAAAAACAUAUAAACUUUUAACAAAUAAAUCAGAAAAUGGAUUUAAAACCAUUUAUCUUUUACAUUCAAAAUGUUACCAAAUAAGCGUGUUGUUGACGUGUGUGUAAUAAUGACAACCUGAUUAUCUUUUUCUAUAUUUAUACACCUAUUCAGUUUUCUCGACACAGAAUACAAUUUUUAUUUAAUCUUAUAACUGUAGAUUCCUUAUUUUUUGCAAGUACUUAUUAUCGCGAAUGGGCUACUCAACGUCAAAUCGAGAGAAUAAUAAUUCGCGAAUGGUCGAUUGAUCAAGAGAUUUUAUACAGAUUUCAGCACAAUAAAAAUAAAGUCGAGUAAUAAUUUUAUUUCGAGUGUGGUGCUUCUCGCUAAAUUACGCGAUAAUUAAUUCCAAGCGUAUAUUUAGGAAUCUACAGUAUGUUGGUUAUGGAUAACCAUAGUUUCAUUCUCAUCUAAACGUUACGUAUACUUGGUCACGGCUGUCAGACCGGUUUGUACAAUUUGUCGAGGUGUAAGUUGGUUCUGAGUAGGCCUUAGAAGUUAGAAGGAGUGUCCCUCAGAUCUCGAAGUAAAAAUGUUCCAUGACCCGUGUGUUUGUUAGAAAUGUCUUUGUAAAUUGUUUGGCUUGUGUUCGAAAAGUUUUCCUGUGUGGACAGUAGAGUAUUUUUUGAGUGCUUUGCAAUUGGCAGCGGUGACCAGCUGUGUGUAUAUACAUGUAUGUACUGUACGUGUGACGUGAUAGGAUACUGAAACAUAAGAGUGCAGCGUUGGAGGAACAAUCCAAGUACUUAGAUGUUAACGGCUACUGUGGACUGUGUCACAACUACUGGACAUCUGUGUGUAUACGAACGGAGCAAUUAAAACAGUAACGUCUUUGGUCUUUGGUCACAUUUAUAGAAAAAUCUGUUGAUAUUUACACGUGGCAGAGAAAAAUUCGUCUGGUCGGAUUUAACGAUAUUUUAGUCGGUGUAUAGACACAAUAAUUAUUGUUUAAUUUAUCAUUAUUUUGGUUUUUGUUAUUUGUAUGAGUGAUGUAGGUGUGUGUGAAGGUGUGUGUGUGUUGCAUGUGUAUGUAUGCAGAUUUUUUUUUUCAUUUUCUUUAGGGGCACUGUAGUAAAUUUGUUUGCACGUA